AUGGCUGACUAUCUGAAGUCUGCAUUAAGCUAUUUCGCCACCUCAAACACUACUAAAAAUGAAAAUGAAUUUCUUGGCAGUAGUAUAUCUGUCGGGCAACUAAGUUUAAAAGUUAAGAGAAUCAUUGCUGAAGGUGGCUAUGGAAUAGUUUAUGAAGCUCAAGAUGUCAAUGAAAAUACAUCAUAUGCGUUAAAGCGUAUGCUCGCUCACGACAAACCUUCAAUGGAUUUAAUUCUUCAUGAAGUUCGUUUACUGAAACAGUUAAACGGACAUCCAAACAUCCUUAAGUUUUUUAGUGCAGCAUCUGUUGGUAAAGAGAAAAUGAAGGUUAUUGGUACUGAGUUCUUAAUAGUCACGGAGUUUUGUAAAGGGGGUCAGUUGGAUAAAUAUCUACCGGCAUCAAAAUGUGAAAAUCCCCUGCCAUCGAACGUUAUCUUACAAAUAUUUCAUCAAUGUUGUCGUGGUGUACAACAUAUGCAUAGUCAAUGUCCACCUGUGAUACAUCGAGAUUUGAAAAUUGAAAAUCUAUUACUUACUGAUAAUUUUAUCAUAAAGUUAUGCGAUUUUGGUAGUGCAACUACAAUUACAUAUAGUCCAGAUCAAUCAUGGACUGCUUUAAAACGUGGAAGUGUUCAAGAAGAACUGGAGCGUUUCACAACACCAAUGUAUCGGGCUCCAGAAAUGCUUGAUCUUUACCAAAAUUAUCUUAUUGGUACUCCAUCGGAUAUUUGGGCUUUAGGUUGUAUAUUAUUUUAUUUAACAUGUACUUAUCAUCCAUUUGAGGAUUCAUCGAAAUUGGCUAUUCUCAAUGCUAAUUAUAGUAUACCGGCAUCAAUAAGUUCAGUGAAUGCACCAUUUUGCAGUUUAAUUCGACAAUUACUUCUCAUAAAUCCAUCUCAACGUCCUAACAUAAAUGAAAUUCUUGGUGAGUUAUCUGAAUUGGCGUCUAUGAGAGAAGUUCGAGUAAGUGGUUCUAUUCCUCUGUUGGAAGAAGUUGCUAAAAGACGUAAUGUAAACGUUACAGCUAAUCCUACAAGCCAGCCAAUCAAUCGUAAUGAUCCUAAAGUUAGUGAUUAUCAUCCGAGAUCAAUGCAUUCAGAAAAUAAUGUUGUUACAAAUCCACAACCGUCAUCUAAUAAACCAUCUAGACCCAAUCCUCCAACAUUGCCCUCACAACAAAAAUUAAAUCCAACAGUUAGUUUUAAUCCACCAUCAUCAUUGUCAUCAUCAUCAACAGUAGUCAUAACAACUCAAGCACCUACAGUUAAUCAAAUUUCAAGUAAUCAACAAUUAUCGAAUCAAUCUAUGAGUAAUAUGCUUGGUAUGAUUAAAGGAGGCGCUGGCAAUUUAAUUCGUAAUAUACGAGAUGCAUCAACUAAAGUUAUUGGGACUGUUUCUACCACGUUGAAUACAGAGCUUGAUUUCCAGUUUAUCACUUCACGUAUAGCAGUUACAUCUUUCCCCAUUGAAAGUGGAUUUGAAGUGCUUGCCAAUGUGAAUUCCAUGGAAGAAAUGCAAAAUAUGCUAGAUGCACGUUUUUCAGAUGCUUAUGCUGUUUAUAAUCUUAGUAAUCGUCCAUAUCGUUCAGAUCAUUGGUUUCAUGGUAGAGUAUCACAUCGUGGUUUCGAAGCACACCGUGCUCCAGCGCUAAAAUCAUUAAUUGAAUUAUGCUUAAAUGCAAGGUUAUGGUUAGCUCAAAAAUCGAACAAUAUUUGUGUUAUACAUUGUACCGAUGGUAAAACAUUGUCCGCAGUACUAGCAUGUUCCUUAUUAUGCUUUUGUCGGGUAUUUGAUAACGCGUCACCUGCAAUUCAAUUGUUUGCAUCGAAACGUGGCAAUCCUGGCUUGAAUGCAUCACAGAUUAGAUAUAUCAACUAUGUAGCUCAGUUAAGUCAUAAUCGUGUAUUUACACCUCAUCAUUUCCCAUUGAAUCUUAUCAGUUUGAUAAUUGCACCGGUACCAACAUUUAAUAAAUCCAAAAAUGGAUGUCGACCGUAUGUGGAAAUAUUUGAAGGAAAGACCAAAGUAUACUCAACUUACGCAGAAUACGAUAAUUUAAGAUCCUAUGUUCUUGAAGAUGGAAAGAUCCAAAUACUUUUGAAUGGAUUAACUGUCUUAGGUGAUCUUACAGUUAUCAUUUAUCAUUGUCGAUCUUCAUUUGCUGGACGUGGCAAGAUCAGUUCAGUGAAGAUCGCUCAGUUUCAAUUACACACUGGAUUUGUAGAACAUAAUUUAACUGAACUAAUUUAUUUUAAAUCCGAUUUAGAUCAUCUAGAUAAUAGUAGCAGCUUUGCCGGUUUCACUAGUCGUUAUGCUGAAAGUUUUCAUGUUACAUUGGAAUUUAUGGUUUCACCAACUGAAAGACCAAGACAAAGUGACAAUCUUGUUUAUCCGUGGGAAACUUUGCCAUCAAAUGAUCUACUUAGUCCUAAACUCUGUGUAUCAAAUCAUGAUGAACUGAAAAAUAUCUUAUCUGAUUACGGCCGUUUUAAUCAUAAACCAUCAACUCGAAUGUAUGAAAAAAAUAGUUUAAAACCUAAUCAAUCAAAUAAUCCAUCAGAAAAAGAUUGUAUAACCACUAAUAUUAAUAGCGAUGAAUCAUGUAAUUCAACAAACCAGUCCACUACAAAUUUGUUUACUACUACUCAUACCAUCGGUGGUAGUACGGUUAAUUUAAAACAAAAUACAGAAAUUAAUGAUAUUUUAGUCUCAGACUUAAUCAAUGAUAAUGACAUGCCAAAGAAUCAUAAUUAUACUUAUUCAUCAACUUCUUCUGAUCAUUCAAAACAGAUUAACUACAAUUUAUUAAGUGAUAAAUUCUGUGGGGAUUUUUUUUCGUCGUCCAAGAAUCAAGAUAAUAAUAUGGAGGCAAGUUCUGAUGACCUGCUUGGAUUCCAUGUGGAAUCUUCAUUUCCAAACACUGACAAUGCUACUACUUCUCCUACUUCUUCUAAUACUGAUGAUCAUAUUUUAAUUGAUGUAGCACAGAAUCCUUUCGUAAUUUAUAAUAAAAAUUCACUAGAUGAAAUUAUUACUUCAUCAACAACUAGUCAGCAUAGUAAUUCAGAUGAUUUGAAACAAACUGAUCAAAAACCAUUUGUUGAUGAUAUAUUUAAUUUCAACUCAUCUGUUGAAGUCAAUUCAAAAACUGAUCUCGGUUGGGAGAAUUUAUUUGGUAUCACGUCAUCAGAAAGCACAAAGACCACUACUAUCAUCACCACUAGCCAAAGUACUACUACAAACAACAUUGGCUUAUCCAAUAAUCCUUUUGAUCCAUUUGGUAUAGCCACAUCAGAAUUAUCUGAUUUCUUUUCAGUACCAAAUUCUUAUAUAUCAAGUGAAAACAACUCGACUACUACCACUACUACCAUCCUUCCUGAUAAAACUACCGCUACUAACUAUUCUCCUCCUCCAACUACUAAUACUAAUACUACUACUAGCAAAGAUUACUUUGGACAACAAGGUGGUCAUUUAAGUGCCAGCGCCAGUGCUAAUGAUUUAAAUCCGCUUUUCGCAUCAGCUUCUUUUACAAAUUUGUCUCCUAACGUUGAAACUAUCCCAGACAAGACUACUAACACAGCAACUACUACUACUGGCAUCAAGAAUCAUGAUCGCCUAGAUCCAUUUGCAGAUUUUGCUGAUGUACUUCGAGAUCGAUUAAAUAAUCAAACUUCUUCCAGUACAAAUGCUACAAAUAGUGAUAAUACAUAUACCCCACCAUCAUCAAAUAGAUCAUCCACAAACUUGGGUGGUUUUUCUGCUGGUCCCAGUCCGGCACAUAAUUUUAAAUCUAGUAUCGACUCAAAGUUUAUGAACAACUCUUCAAAUUAUAAGGAAAGUCCUGAUAAUUUAUUCCAUGGUUAUGAGAAAUCUAGUCAAUCGUAUUCUUCCUACUCCAAUUUUCCUAAUACUACUACUUCUGGAUCUACAUCAAUACCAACUAGUGGAGGAACUGGUGCUAGACCUCAUGUUAAUAAAGAUGCAUUUUCUGAUUUACUCGGUGGAUUUGGUUCUUCUCGAACAAACAACACAGAUGAUAAUAAACAACCGAAAACAGUAAAUCAGAUUCGUCGUGAAAAGAUGGCUAAAACGGUCGAUCCAGAACAAUUAAAAGUCUGUGAUUGGGCUGAGGGUAAAGAUCGAAAUCUUCGAGCAUUAUUAUGUUCACUACCGGCCAUAUUAUGGGAUGGAGUACAAUGGAAUCAUGUUGGUAUGGCUGAUCUAAUAACGCGUGAACAAGUUAAACGUCAGUAUCGGAAAGCUGCUCGUGUAGUUCAUCCUGAUAAGUGGAUGAGUACAUCACACGAGAAUAUCGCACGUCUAGUAUUCGUUGAAUUAAAUGACGCUAUGGCUGAAUUUGACAAAAAUUUUAACAAUUCGUCAGUCAAUAUGAAUUUUUAA